AUGUCGGUCGAACCCGAAAGAAGGGGGGAAAAAAACUGGAAGGAAUUGGUGAAGAAGAUGCUCCCACCUGGAGCAUCUCUCCCUGAAAGUGCUAGCGAUCUAGAUUACUCUAUAGCUAUGGAGUACGAGGGUCCACCAGUAGUCCAUGACGUUCCAAGAAUCGAACCGCUUGACAUAAAUUCUCGUUCAAUUCCAGUUGCUGAACCUCUUUCUGAAUCCCAAAGGUCCAUUGCAAAGGACGGUCCUCCAACGAUCGAACCAAUUCCUUUGCCUGUCUCUCGUAUUGCUGGCGUCACGAGUUCGCCUGCUCAGAGCCCAAGGGCAUCAGGAAGUUCAGAGUCUGUAGUAUCCGUCUUGCAAAACCAUGAUUUUUCUUCAGCUUCACCUUCUGCCUCCCCAGCUUCAGUUCACAACCCACCUAGCAAUCAACCUAAACAAGUAGUUAUUGAUGCAAGAAGAGCACCCGUUGUCACUUUUAAUACUGUUGAUCACUCCCAUCGAAAAGAACUUAGCGUCGAGAAGCAAGUGUAUCCCGAGUACGUAGGAGUUUCGAAAGAGAAAAAGAAAAAGAAAAGUCGGGUAUGUUAUAGGUGUGGCAAAGGAAAGUGGGAAACAAAGGAGUCAUGUCUUGUCUGUGAUGCCAAGUAUUGCGGCAACUGUGUGCUUAGAGCCAUGGGAUCGAUGCCUGAAGGGCGUAAAUGUGUAACUUGCAUUGGUGAUCCUAUAGAUGAGUCGAAGAGGUCAAAAUUGGGCAAGCAUUCGAGGGUCUUGUCUCGACUACUUAGUCCUUUGGAAGUGAAGCAGAUUAUGAAAGCAGAGAAAGAAUGUCCUGCUAAUCAACUUCGCCCCGAACAGCUGAUUGUAAAUGGAUCACCCCUACGAUCCGAAGAGAUGGCAGAAUUACUUGGAUGCCCUCUUGCUCCACAGAAACUGAAACCCGGAAGAUAUUGGUAUGACAAAGAAUCUGGUCUCUGGGGAAAGGAAGGAGAAAAACCAGAUAGAAUCAUUAGUUCGAACUUAAGUUUCACUGGCAAACUUAGCCCGCACGCAAGCAAUGGAAACACCGAAGUUUACAUCAAUGGUCGAGAAAUCACGAGACUCGAAUUAAGGGUGCUUAAGUUGGCAAACGUACAAUGCCCACGCGACACCCAUUUUUGGGUCUACGACGAUGGUCGCUACGAGGAAGAAGGUCAGAACAAUAUCAGAGGAAAUAUUUGGGAGAAGGCUUCAACACGCUUUGUAUGUGCUUUGUUCUCAUUGCCCGUGCCCCAUGGUCAGCCACCCCAUGGAGUGAGAGAAGAGGCUAGCAAUCAUACAACAGUUCCCAACUAUUUUGAGCAACAAAAGAGGAUUCAGAAACUUCUUCUCAUUGGGAUUGAAGGCUCCGGAACUAGCACAAUCUUUAAGCAGGGAAAAUUUUUGUAUGGGAACAGAUUUACUGAAGAAGAACUUCAAGACAUCAAACUUAUGAUUCAGAGUAAUAUGUACAAGUAUCUUAGCAUCUUGCUUGAUGGUCGAGAACGCUUUGAGGAGGAAUUCAUGAACCGAAAAAAGGUUCGAAGUUCCCAGGAAGGUCGAGCUCCCGAAACUGAUGGAGAGAGGGAAGCUAGCGAAUGCAUUUACUCCAUCAACCCAAGGUUGAAACAUUUUUCCGAUUGGCUCCUCGAUAUCAUUGCUACUGGAGAUUUGGACGCGUUCUUCCCUGCUGCAACUCGUGAGUAUGCUCCAUUAGUUGAAGAGCUAUGGAAGGAUCCUGCAAUCCAGGAAACGUACAAGAGAAAAGACGAGCUACACUUCCUUCCCGAUGUUGCCGAGUACUUCUUAAGCAGGGCAGUGGAGGUUUCAAGCAAUGAAUAUGAACCUUCUGAUCGAGAUAUCUUGUAUGCAGAAGGGGUAACCCAAGGGAAUGGAUUGGCUUUCAUGGAAUUUUCACUUGAUGAUCGGAGUCCAAUGUCUGAGACUUACACUGAUAAUCUUGAAGCUCCGCCCCCACCUCUUACUAGAUACCAACUUAUAAGGGUAAGUGCCAAGGGGAUGAAUGAAGGGUGCAAAUGGGUAGAGAUGUUUGAAGAUGUUCGAGUUGUCGUCUUCUGCGUUGCGCUUAGUGAUUUCGAUCAAUUGUCUCGUGCCCCAGAAGGUAACAGCAGCGGAAACCUAUUACAAAACAAGAUGAUGCAGAGUAAGGAGCUUUUCGAGGCAAUGGUCCGACACCCUUGUUUCAAAAAUACCCCAUUCGUGUUGAUACUCAACAAAUACGAUCUCUUUGAAGAGAAAGUAAAUCGAGCAUCAUUGAAUGUCUGCGAAUGGUUUAAUGAUUUCAGCCCCGUGCGACCGCUGCAUAGCAACCAGUCACUGUCUCAUCAAGCUUACUACUAUGUAGCUAUGAAAUUCAAAGACCUUUAUCAAUCCAUCACAGGUCGUAAGCUUUUCGUGUGGCAAGCUAGAGCGAGGGACCGAGUGACGAUUGAUGAGGCAUUCAAGUAUAUAAGAGAAGUAGUGAAGUGGGAUGAGGAGAAAGAGAGGCCUUACUAUGGUGGACCUGAGGAUUCCUUCUAUAGCACAGAUGUGAGCUCAUCUCCAUUUGUUAGACAACAAUGA